GAGGACCAAGGCUCUGUUUCCCUUUUACCUCUCCGCCUCGCCUCCUCCUCCCCCAAAUAAGAGUACAGAGCUUGCCUCGAGGUCUCAGGGUCAAGAACUCAUCGUCUCUCAAGGGUUCUGGAGACUCGUCUACGAUCAAUUGCUAUUUUACGCACAACCGACCAAGACAACGGCAUCAUGGCGACCAAGGAGCCUCUCACCUCCAAGAAGUAUGUCGACGGGAUUUACAUCCCUGCCGGCCUGCUUGUUUUUGGCACGUUCAUUGUCAAGCGGGAAUGGCUACCGUACGCUAUUGUUCUGGCCCUCGCGCUGGGCGCCCUGAAGUUCAUUAGAACUCAACCCAAGAAAUCCUUGAAGCCAGACGUCUUCCAGGAGUUUGAGCUCAAGGAGAAGACCAUCCUCUCCCACAACACCGCCAUCUACCGCUUCGCCCUCCCCAGCCCGUCCCACCUCCUCGGCCUGCCCAUCGGCCAGCACAUCUCGAUCGGCGCCGUCCUGCCCCAGCCCGAUGGCUCCCACAAGGAGAUUGUGCGGUCGUACACGCCCAUCAGCGGCGACGAGCAGGCAGGCCACUUCGACCUCCUGAUCAAGUCGUACCCGACAGGCAACAUCAGCAAGCACUUCGCCUCGCUGGCCGUGGGCCAGCCCAUCCGCGUCCGCGGGCCCAAGGGCGCCUUCUCGUACACGCCCAACAUGGUGCGCCACUUCGGCAUGAUCGCCGGCGGCACCGGCAUCACACCCAUGCUGCAGGUCGUCAAGGCCAUCAUCCGCGGCCGCAAGGCUGGCGACCGCACCGAGGUCGACCUCAUCUUUGCCAACGUCACCAAGCAGGACAUCCUGCUCAAGGAGGACCUCGACGCCCUCGCCGAGGAGGACAAGGGCUUCAGGGUGCACUACGUCCUGGACAAGCCGCCUGAGGGGUGGACCGGCGGUGUCGGCUACGUCACUGGUGACAUGAUCUCGAAAUGGCUGCCCAAGCCUGCCGACGAUGUCAAGAUUCUCCUCUGCGGCCCGCCUCCCAUGAUCAGCGGCCUGAAGAAGACCACCGAAUCUCUGGGCUUCAAGAAGGCCCGCCCCGUCAGCAAGCUUGAGGACCAGGUCUUUGCCUUCUAG